UGUCUUGUUGAGGUUUCUGCUUCUGUUUCCAUGGCUUUGAUCAUACAUUGUUAGGUUACAGAGAGGAGAAGAAACAAGCCUCCAGUUUUCUCUGCUGGUGCUUAAGCCAUGAACGAGAAAACGCGGAAUCUAUGUUCCCUCAUCUGUUUCUUCUAUGUUCUUCUCGUUUCCCCUUCUCAAUCUAACGCUAAAGACGUUGCGUUGGGCUGCGGAGCGACAGAACCAUCUACUGAUCCAGACAAGAAAAAAUGGGAACCAGACACCAAGUUCUUGAAAACACCAAACACGGUUCACGCAACAGCUACAUAUCAAGAUCCUUCGCUUCUCUCAACGAUCCCUUACAUGACAGCAAGAAUCUUUACAGCUCCUGCGACUUACGAGAUCCCUGUUAAAGGAGACAAAAGACAUUUGCUCCGUUUACAUUUCUACCCAUCAGCAUACACAGGACUCAACAUCGACGACUCUUACUUCUCCGUGGCGGCUAACGAUGUUACACUUCUAAGCAACUUCAGUGCAUCUAUCACAUGUCAAGCCCUAACACAGGCUUACCUCGUUAGAGAAUAUUCUCUUGCACCAACCCUAAAAGAUGUCUUGACCAUCACGUUAACUCCCUCUGAUAAACAUCCUAAGGCGUUUGCCUUCAUAAACGGUAUUGAGGUCAUUGAGAUGCCUGAGCUGUUUGAUACGGCUGUUCUUGUCGGGUUCACGGACCAGACAUCUGAUGUUAAGUCCGCGAAUCUUCAGACAAUGUUUAGGGUUAAUGUCGGUGGUCAAGAUAUACCUGGAAGCAAAGACUCUGGUGGGUUAACAAGAACAUGGUACAACGAUGCUCCUUACAUAUUCAGUGCUGGUCUUGGUGUUACCCUUCAAGCAAGCGAUAACUUCAGGAUUGAUUACCAGAAAAUGCCGGUCUCUACCGCCCCAGCUGAUGUCUAUAAAACAGCUCGAUCACAGGGACCCAAUGGAGAUCUCAACGUGAAAUCAAACCUAACAUGGGUGUUUCAAGUUGAUACAAACUUCACAUACAUCAUGAGACUCCAUUUCUGCGAGUUCCAGCAAUCUAAAAUCAACCAGAAAGCUUUCAACAUUUACAUCAACAACAAAACCGCACAAGCGGACGCAGAGGCUGCAGAUAUAAUAGCAUGGUCUGGAGGUAAAGGUGUCCCAACGUACAAGGACUACGCAAUGUACGUUGAUACUACUAACGGAGGCGAAGAGGUUUCACUUCAGAUGACUCCUUCCGUAUUUGCUAAGCCAGAGUAUCUCGACUCGCAGCUCAACGGGCUAGAGAUAUUCAAGAUGGACACAAUGAAGAACCUCGCGGGUCCAAACCCUAAACCAUCUGACAUGAAAGCUAAUGAAGAUGCUAAAAAGGAGUUUCGAGGUGACAAAAGAGUCACAGCUUUCGUCAUCGGCUCAGCUGGUGGAGUAGCAGCGGUUUUGCUAUGUGCAUUGUGUUUCACAAUGUAUCAAAGGAAACGUAAGUUCCAAGGAAGUGAAUCUUACACGUCAAGCUGGCUUCCUUUAUAUGGAACCUCCCAUACUUCUACUAUAUCCGGUAAGAGCAACAACGGAAGCCACUUAUCUAACCUAGCAGCUGGCCUAUGUCGAAGAUUCUCGUUGUCCGAAAUAAAACACGGAACUCAAAACUUCGAUGAGUCUAACGUCAUUGGAGUUGGCGGGUUCGGUAAGGUUUACAAGGGUGUGAUAGACGGAGGAACAAAAGUGGCGAUCAAGAAAUCAAACCCUAACUCAGAACAAGGUCUCAACGAGUUCGAGACAGAGAUCGAACUCUUAUCAAGAUUAAGACACAAACACUUAGUCUCCUUGAUAGGUUACUGCGACGACGGUGGAGAGAUGUGUCUCAUCUACGACUACAUGUCACUCGGAACACUAAGGGAGCAUCUUUACAACACGAAGAGACCUCAGUUAACUUGGAAGCGACGUCUAGAGCUAGCCAUUGGAUCUGCAAGAGGGUUGCAUUACCUUCACACGGGUGCAAAGUACACGAUCAUUCACCGUGACGUGAAGACAACAAACAUCUUGUUAGAUGAGAACUGGGUCGCGAAGGUUUCUGACUUCGGUUUAUCCAAAACCGGACCGGACAUGAACGCGGGAGGUCAUGUUUCGACCGUGGUCAAAGGAAGUUUCGGGUAUUUAGAUCCAGAGUACUUUAGAAGACAGCAACUAACUGAGAAGUCAGAUGUGUACUCUUUUGGAGUUGUGUUGUUUGAGAUCUUAUGCGCUAGGCCGGCUUUAAACCCUAGCUUGCCUAAGGAGCAAGUGAGUCUUGGAGACUGGGCGCUGAACUGUAAACGUAAAGGGAAUCUUGACGAUAUUAUUGAUCCUAACUUGAAAGGGAAGAUCAACGCGGAGUGUUUGAAGAAGUUUGCGGACACGGCGGAGAAAUGUCUCUCCGACAGUGGGUUAGACCGGCCGUCCAUGGGAGAUGUGUUGUGGAACCUUGAGUUUGCGCUUCAGGUGCAAGAAACUGCUGAUGGCACGCGUCGUCGAACGCCUAGUCAUGGCAGCGCUUCUGAGGAUCUAGGCGGAGGAGGUGGUGGUGGAGGUAUGGCGGUCAACGUUAGCGCCGGUGAACAUGACGUCAGUGACUUGUCCUCGGAAGAAAAUAGUGGGAUAUUUUCUCAAAUUGUAAAUCCUAAAGGGCGAUAAAGGUAAUUUAACAACCGAACAUUCUUGAUAUGAAAAGUUCAUUUUUUCUUAUUUUGUUUUUUCUUUAUGUCAUGUGAUAGACAAAGAAGUAACUAUCCAGUAUAUUCAUUCGUUUUAAUUUCCUUGUGGGUUUAUCAAUUAAUCAAAACUCAAAAACAUUUGUAAAAUUAUAUAUCUAUGUGUUGUUAUUAUAUGUUAUCAAGAUAUUGUAUAAU